AUUCACUCUUCCUUUUGUAGAUUCGCUCAGUCGUUUUCCAUUCUUUCUCCACCCCCCACCCCUCGAAAUGUCGGCCCUGCAAGAACUCGCUGCCAUCGCUGUGGACGUCAUCCGCAUCUUGGGCCUCCUCGUCUUGGGAUGGUUCCGCUUCUUCUUCCCGACGCGUAAGCCGGUCGACGGCGAGAUUGCCUUAAUCACUGGCGCGGGCUCGGGUCUCGGCCGCCUGCUGGCCCUCGAGCUCGCCAAGCUGCGCGCGACACUGGUUCUCGUCGAUGUCAACUUUGAAGCCGUGCAAGCGGUCGCGGCCGAGAUCCGUGCCCUUCGCCCGGACGACAAGGCCGCCGCGUUUGCGUACAAGUGCGACCUGAGCUCGCGCGAUGACGUCUACGCCAUGGCUGCGCGCGUCAAGAGCGAAGUCGGCCAAGUGUCCAUCCUCGUCAAUAACGCCGGCAUUGUGACUGGCCGCAAGCUGCUGGAUUGCCCCGAUCCGCUGAUUGAAAAGACCUUCUCGGUGAACACGACCGCCCACUUCUGGACUGUCAAGGCCUUCCUGCCCGCGAUGAUUGAGAGCAACCACGGACACGUAGUCACCAUUGCCAGCUCGGCGGGUCUGAUUGGCGUUGCGGGCCUGGCCGAUUACUGCGCGAGCAAGCACGGCGCCGUCGGCCUUGACGAAUCGCUGCGCUACGAGAUGCACAAGCUUGGCAAGACUGGCGUCAAGACCACCGUUGUGUGCCCCUUUUUUAUCGACACGGGCAUGUUUGAGGGCGUCACCACACGCUUCCCGCUCAUCCUGCCCAUCCUGAAGCCCGACUAUGCCGUUGCGAAAAUCCUCGACGCCAUUCUGACCAACCAGUCCAUCCUGUGCAUGCCUCGCUUUGUCUAUCUCAUGCCAUUUGCCAAGAGCAUCCUCCCCACGCAGGCCAUGGACGCUGUUGUCCGUUUGUUUGGCGUGAGCAACUCGAUGGAUGACUUCCACGGUCGGUCGUCCGCCAACAGCACGACCGCCACCGCCUCCAAAGGCCGAACCGAUGUGAAGUCGCAUUGAUGUCCGAGUUGUGAUUGUUCAGAGUGUGCCGAGUGUGCAGAGGGGUGCGAGCUUGUUCGUGAAACACCGGAAAAAACAUACAGAAAAUUUAUCCAA